UCUCCUCCCUCCCUCUUCCCGCACGUAAUACCAUACAUCCAUCCUCAUUACCACCAAGCUCUUCGAUUCUUCGGAGGUCAAAAGAAAACAAUAGAUAGCAAGAGAGCUGGUGGGAGAAUGGGGAGAGGCAGAGCUCCAUGCUGCGAGAAAGUUGGACUAAACAGAGGAGCAUGGACGCCGGAAGAAGAUAUGAGACUUAUCGCCUAUAUCACCAAGUAUGGCCAUGGAAACUGGCGAGCCCUCCCUAAACAAGCAGGGUUGCUCAGAUGUGGGAAGAGCUGCCGUCUCCGUUGGAUCAACUAUCUCCGCCCUGAUAUCAAACGGGGCAAUUUUAGUGCUGAGGAGGAAGACACCAUCAUCAAGCUCCACAACUUGCUCGGAAACAAAUGGUCCAAAAUCGCCUCCUCCCUUCCCGGAAGAACCGACAACGAGAUCAAAAAUGUGUGGAACACUCAUCUUAAAAAACGAUUCAAGUCAAACGAAGAAUUCUCAUCCUCCCCAACACCGGUGAUCGCGCUAGACACACCGAGCUCCUCCUCCUCCGAAGCAACCUCCGCCUCCAUCGAACACAACACACUCGAUCUCCCCGACUAUUUUGACGCCUGGAGCCUGCCCGAUGUCGACAUCAACGAUUCUAUUGACGAAAUUCUUGAGAACGAUGCGGCGGUCGCGGAGGAAAGAAGGCGGUGGUUGACGUAUUUGGAGGAAGAAUUGGGGCUUUUUGAGGGAGGGGGUGGUGGCGAUGAUGAGGAGAUGGUGGAGAUGGAUCCAGUAAGGAGUUAUUUUCAGAACAGUCACUCUUCGCCCUCGCCAUAGUGAAGGUUGUUGACCUUCCCCGGUCAUGUCGGGUGUACAUACGUUCAAAAGUCAUGGACUGUAAGUUUGGUAAAGGUGUUGAAUUUGUGAGGUUGUCUUAAGAGUGACACGUCGCUGAGGUGGAUUCUUAUUAUAUUGGCUUGCCUCACCUACUCGCUGAUUUUAGUCCAUGUUGUAGGUCUUAAUUAGGAAGGAAAAAAAU